AGCCAGUUUCUGGCUGAAUUUGAACGGGCUCCACUCGUUUCUACAUGACGCCAAUGAACGGGCCGCCCCAUGACUGGGGCAUCGUGCGCGGCGCAAAUGGCGUUCGAUACCGCGUGGUCGGGCCCCGCGGCGGGCCCUGCACCUCCCGCCCGAUAUUGGCGCCGAGGGAGCCGGGUGGCCCGACGCCUUCCGACGAGGCCGCGGCUCAAACCAUGAAGAUCCACCGGGAAGUCGACGAGGCGCAUGCGGUGGCGAAGGACACGGUCAGCCACAUGAGCGUGAUUGGUGCCAUGGCCAAGGUGAUGGGGCAGAUGUUGACUGCCCACCGGAAGACGCUCUUCAUUACCAAGAAUGUCUUGUUUGGGUAUGGCGAUCUGCGUUAUGCUGCUCCGCUCCGCAUUUUGCCGCCCUCGGCUUAUCGGUUGCGGGCCAGGCUGAUCAGGGGGCUAGCUGCCCAAAUGGACCACAUCACGGCGAUGUUGAUCUAGCUCAAGCUUCUUCAGAGGAUUGCGGAAGAUCCCGAUGGCGCCGCAGAUUCUGCGUUGGGCCCGUGGGUCGACGAUGCCGACGCCGACGCCGACGCCCACGGCGCCUCUGAGGCGGAGCCCGCCGCGGCGCCAGGCAGUAGCUGACUGCGCCGCUAAUCGGCU